AUGUCGGGCGCCAACGCCACAGGCCGUCGCAAGCCAUUGGACACCCGCAUCCCCACCCUCAUCGCAAAGUGAGCGUCCGCACCCCACGCUCCAACCUUGCCCCUCUGAUCCUUACUAACCCGCUCCCUUCCAUCCCCAAAGCUCACUUCAAACCUCGCACCGCUCCUUCUUCCUCUUGCUCGGUGAUCGCGCAAAGGCCCAUGCCCAGAUCGUGAACUUGCACUUUCUGCUCGGCCAAUCCAUCGCCGGACUGGCCAACCCUACCGAUGGUCAGUCAUCCCCGCUCUCGUCCCGUUCAGAGAAGACAAGAUCCUGACUUCCGCCCACCUCGGACGUCCCCCACAGCCCAAAAGAAGAACCCUUGUCCGAACGUGCUAUGGUGCUACAAGAAGGAACUCGGUUUCACCUCGAACCGUAAGAAGCGCGAAGGCAAGAUCAAGCGCGACGUCAAGCGCAACCAACGCGACGUCGGCGAGAUGGACCCCUUUGAACUCUUUGUCAGCGUCACCGACGUGCGCUACACCUACUACAAGGACACCCACAAGAUCCUUGGUCAGACCUUCUCGAUGUUGAUCUUGCAGGAUUUCGAAGCGAUUACCCCGAAUUUGUUGGCGAGGACGAUCGAGACCGUGCAGGGGGGAGGGAUCGUCGUCUGUCUUUUGCAAGGCAUGAAGAGUCUCAGGGGCUUGUACAGCAUGACCAUGGUCAGUCCAACUGUACCGAGCACCGGCUCCGAAUCUCCUGCUCAUCAACCACGUUCCCUCCCCACAGGACGUACACUCUCGCUAUCGAUCAUCGACCUCGACCGCAGCACCCGUCGCUCGCUUCAACGAACGGUUCCUACUCUCGCUCGGCGCCAACCCGGCCUGCCUCGUCGUCGACGACGAACUCAACGUUCUGCCCAUCUCAGCGGGCAAGGACAUCGUCGCGAUCGACCCCGACUUCGGCGUCGGAGUUGGUCGCUCGGCCGGCAAGGGGAAACGAAAGGAAGCCCCUGGCGAAGCGGAAUUGCAGGCGCUCAAGGAAGGACUCAGCGAUACCAAGGGCAUUGGCGAGAUCAUCGCCCAAGCGCGUACCCUCGACCAGGCCAAGGCGAUCUUGACCUUCACCGAUGCCAUCACCUCCAAGACCUUGUCCCAGACCGUCUCCUUGACCGCCGCCCGUGGUCGAGGUAAAUCCGCCGCUUUGGGUUUGUCGAUAUCGCUCGCCAUCUUACAUGGUUAUUCGAACGUCUUUGUCACCUCGCCCAGUCCCGAGAACUUGAAGACCUUGUUCGAAUUCAUCUUCAAGGGCUUCGAUCAGCUUGGGUGGGAGGAGCACCUCGAUUACGACAUCGUUCAGAGCACGAACCCGGAAUGGAAGGGCGCCGUCGUUCGGGUCAACAUCUUCCGACAGCACCGACAAACGAUUCAGUACAUCCAGCCGCAAGAUUUCCACGUCCUUGGCCAAGCUGAACUCGUCGUCAUUGAUGAGGCCGCGGCCAUCCCUUUGCCCUUGGUGCGAUCCCUCUUGGGGCCCUACCUCGUGUUCAUGGCUUCAACCAUCAACGGUUACGAAGGCACAGGCCGAUCGCUCUCGCUCAAGCUGUUGCAACAGUUGCGUGAAAUGUCGCGACCAUCAUCGGCGAUGUCCGCGCCCAGCUCAACCAACGGAGGCAACACCGACGACAAGGCGAGCGGGUCGACGCCUUUAGCGACCGCUCGAACGUUGAAGGAGAUCAAGCUCGAGACGCCGAUUCGUUACGGUCCCGACGACUCGAUCGAGAAAUGGCUCAACGGCCUCUUGUGCCUCGACGCAACGAUCUCGACCAGUCUCAAAAAGACGCUGCAAGGAUGCCCCCAUCCUUCGACAUGCGAAUUGUUCUACGUCAACCGCGACACCUUGUUCUCGUUCCACCCUGCUUCCGAGGUCUUCCUACAGAGGAUGAUGUCACUCUACGUCGCGUCGCAUUACAAGAACUCGCCCAACGACUUGCAACUCAUGUCCGAUGCACCGGGUCAUCACCUCUUUGUGCUGUUGCCGCCUUUGAAAGAAGGGGACAACACGCUCCCCGACCCUUUGGUCGUGAUGCAAGUCGCGUUGGAAGGCAACAUCUCCAAGCAGAGCGUGCUGGAUAACCUCAGUCGAGGCAAGAUGGCCGGAGGGGAUUUGAUCCCUUGGACCAUCUCGCAGCAGUACCAAGACGAUGACUUCGCUUCCAUGUCCGGAGCGCGGAUCGUGCGCGUUGCUGUCCACCCUGACUAUGCCAAGAUGGGGUACGGGUCAAGGGCGCUGCAGGCGUUGAAUUCGUUCUAUAGUGGCGAGUUGCUCAAUUUGGAUGAGGUUGUCAAGGAGAUGGAUUUAGAGACGUUCGAGGAUGUGGCCAAGGUUGACGAGGUAAGCUGGUCAGGCGGGAUACAGACUCUCCGGCACGGGCUGAUGGACUGAUGUGUUGCCAUGGCUCCACUUCACAGGAUGCGACUCUCCAAACGGACCAAAUUGCCAUCCGUGACGCGAGCAAGAUGCCACCCCUCUUACAACGUCUCUCGGAGCGUCAACCAGAGAACCUCGACUACCUCGGCGUAUCGUACGGUCUCACCACGCUUCUGUUCAAGUUUUGGAAACGGGCUGGUUUCUCCCCCUUGUACAUCCGGCAAACGCAAAACGACUUGACGGGCGAACAUUCUUGCGUCAUGUUGCGUGGGUUGAACAAGAAUCGUCAAGAAGUUGGGAGGUGGUUGGGUGCGUUCUCGUUGGAUUUCAGGAAGAGGUUCAUCGCGCUCCUUUCGUACAAGUUUAGGGAGUUCUCGACCGUUAGCGCUUUGAGUGUUCUUGAAGCGGCGAACCAGGGUAUUUACACCUCGACGACAGAAGAAGAUGAAGAAAGGCGUGUCGGCGGAGACGUCCUCGUCGGUUCGGAAGUCAAGUCCUUCUUCUCGCCCUUCGAUCUGAAGCGCUUGGAUUCGUACGCUCAAAACAUGCUCGACUACCACGUCAUCCUCGACCUACUUCCCACCUUGGCCGGAUUGUACUUCUCCAAACGGUUCCCCGAAGACGUCCAACUCUCAGGCCUUCAAGCCUCGAUCCUGCUCGCCUUGGGUCUUCAACGCAAGUCCGUCGAAGACGUCGAAAAGGAAACCGAGCACCAAGUCGCCGUUGCGCAAUGCCUUGCCCUAUUCUCCAAAACGAUCCGCAAGUUGACCAAAUCUCUACAAACUCUACAAAAGGAGGACGUCGCAAAAUUCGUUCCGGACGCUUCGUUGGGGAUGGAUAAGAAAACCCAGGCGUUCGUAAACCAACCCUCGGGUGCGUCGACGGCGGUCGUGAAGGGUGGUGUGCAGGGUUUGGAGGAGGAGUUGGAUCAGGAGGGAAGGGAGGUGUUGAAGGCUUUGAAGGAGAGUCAGAGGGAGGUGAUUGAUUCGUUGGAUUUGAAGCAGUGAGUCAGUCUUUCGUCCUCGUUGCGCGAUGGGGAUGCCGAAGGGGAACGCCCCGUAGCUGACGACCAUGUAUUUCAGGUACUCGAUCGCCGGGACCGAAGACGAAUGGGCGCAAGCGCAGGCCCAACUCGCAAAAGGAAGUGGGGUAAUCAGUAUCAAGAACCCGGAAUCGACCAAAGGGUUGAAGAGGAAAUUGGGAGGGGAGGAGUCGAAGAAGGAGGAAGGGGGGAAAAAGCACAAGAAGGAUAAGAAACAUAAAGAAGGGAAGAAGGGGAAGAAAUGA